AUGGUUGUAUUCAUCGACGACAUCUUGAUAUAUUCUAAGUUCGAUGAAGAGCAUGCAGAGCAUCUAAAGGUUGUAUUACAGGUGUUGAGAGAGAAGAAGCUUCAUGCCAAGUUUUCCAAGUGUGAAUUAUGGUUAAAAGAAGUGAUUUUUCUCAGUCAUGUGAUUUCUAGUGGGGGAAUUGUUGUUGAUCCAUCAAAAGUCGAUACGGUGUUACAGUGGGAAACUCUGAAGUCUGUUACAGAGAUCAAAAGUUUUCUAAGCUUGGUUGGUUAUUACAGGAGGUUAAUCGAAGUUUUUUCAAGAUUAUCUUUGCCUUUGAGUCAGUUGACACAAAAGGGGCAAGCUUAUGUUUGGGAUGUGAAAUGUGAGGAAAGUUUCCAAGAAUUCAAGAAGAAGUUGACGAUUGCUCCAGUGUUAACUUUGUUGAAUCCAAGUGUGUCACUUGUGGUGUAUUAUGAUGCGUCAAAGAUAGGUUUGGGUGGUGUGCUAAUGUAG